AUGGCGAAGAAAUGUGUUCACAAAGGUUGCGGCAAGACGUACGAAGACGAGGAGGAGACCUGCAUCUAUCAUCCUGGCCCGCCUGUCUUCCAUGAGGGGCAAAAGGGCUGGAAAUGCUGCAAACCCCGCGUUCUUACCUUUGACGAGUUCCUCGCCAUCGAGCCCUGCACGACGGGCAAACACUCGGAUGUGGACGAGACACCUGCGCCUGAGUCUUCCCAAAGCCCCAACAUCCCCAAUGGCACAUCAGUCAACCUCGGCUCGCUCGAGGAGUCACUGCCUCCGCCCGCGCCCCGUCUACCGACCGCACAAGCCGCUAUCCCGCGAACGGAGGCGCCCGCUCCAUCGCCAGAAUCCGAAGACGAUGAUCCCAGUAUCGCACUGAAGGAGGGCAUGACGUGCAGACGGCGUGGAUGUGGUGCCACACACAAGGGCGGGGAUCGCGAAGGAGAAAGCUGUGUACAUCAUCCGGGUGCGCCCAUAUUUCACGAAGGUAGCAAAGGCUGGAGCUGCUGCAAGAGGCGGGUACUGGAGUUUGACCAGUUCAUGAAUAUCGAGGGUUGCAAGACAAAGGAGCGUCACUUGUUUGUUGGCAGUGGCAAGAAGAACAAGGAGGGUGAGGAGAAGGUGGAUACUGUCCGGAAUGAUUUCUACCAGACCUCGACUUCCGUAGUCGCCUCCUUAUUCCUCAAGAAGAUUGACAAGGAUACGGCAGUAAUCGAUUUCCAGCCUGCCCAAGUCAAGCUCGACCUACGGACGACCGACAGCAAGCGUUAUCAGACCGAAAUCCCCCUCUUCUCCACCAUCAAGCCCGAGGAAAGCAAGUUUAGGAUACUGGGCACAAAGCUCGAAAUGACGUUAGUCAAGGCCGACGGUGCUAGCUGGCCAGUCUUGAGGAGCGAUGAUAAGCCCACUGGAGAGAGGAUCCAGACCAACCGUGGAUUUCACGGCUUGAUUAUUGAUAUUCCACUGGCAAUCCCCUCCAUCAAACGUCUAACCAAGUGCCUUACCCUCCUGCUCUUUUAG